AUGUCUUACACAAGGAUUUCGCGCAUUCUCUGGACUACGGUAGGUAAAUGGGCGGUGCUUUCGAGCUCGAGAGGGCGUGAACUGGAUAAGCGCCAUAUUUGCAAGUGCAAUCUCUGCAAGUGGACGUCUGUCUUCAAGAUGAUGUUCACGAUAGACAGCAAGACUAAUUAUAACUUCCCUUGCUACGGAAUUGAGGCAGCUUCUUCUUCUGAUUAUUCAGUUCUAAGCUCAACUGCUCUCUGCACCCCAACCUACACUUUCUUCGACAAAACGGGGAUUAUUGAUUGUCUCAACUAUGCUGUUGAUGAUCGUUCAAGAGCUAUAGCCUCAAGACUUGUGCAACUUUGCGAUUCUUUCGAUGAGGAGCUUUUACAGCCUGGAUGUCGCACUUGCUGGAUGAUUUCCUUACUCUUCCGUUGGCUAAUCUAG